AUGGAUGGUGAGCUCGAAACAAUCGAUAUUUGGGAGGCUUUCCCCGAGAUUUACCUCAACUUGUCGAGGAAGCCAGGCGCAACUCGGUUCUCGGAUUCUGGCUUUGGCUGGAAGCCUGCAAAUGGCGAGACAUACACAUGCGACCAGUCACAGAUUAUCUCGGCUCAAUGGAGUCGCGCGGCACGGGGCUACGAGGUCAAGAUCCUCUCGCGCAACGACGGAAUCAUACAGCUAGACGGAUUCAAGCCAGACGACUUCGAUCGCGUCUCCAAGCUGUUCAAAACUUGGUAUGGCAUCAACUUGGACAAUCGCGAGCACGCUCUGCGCGGGUGGAACUGGGGCAAGGCCGACUUCGGCAAAGCUGAACUCACCUUCAACGUCGCCAACCGUCCCGCCUUUGAAGUGCCGUACACUGAAGUCUCCAACACAAACCUGGCUGGCAAGAACGAGGUUGCAGUAGACUUCUCCCUUCCGGCUGAUGGCGAUGCUGGUGCGAAUGGGCACCUAGGAGGAGCCAAAUUCAGAGGCAAGAAAUCUGCGGGGGCCCGGGACCAACUCGUAGAAAUGCGCUUCUACAUUCCGGGCGUCACCACCAAGAAGGAGAAGAAUGAGGACGGAGAAGAUGUUUCAGGAGCUGAGGACGGAGACGGUGAAGAGCAAAAUGCCGCGAACUUAUUCUACGAAACUCUCAUGGACAAGGCCGAGAUUGGAGAAGUUGCUGGUGAUACGUUUGCUACGUUCUUGGAUAUUCUUCAUCUGACACCAAGAGGUCGUUUCGAUAUCGAUAUGUACGAAAGCUCUUUCCGGCUGCGAGGCAAGACAUACGACUACAAGAUACAAUUCGACUCGGUCAAGAAGUUCAUGGUGCUCCCCAAGCCCGACGAUAUGCACACUCUGAUCACCAUCGGCCUCGAUCCCCCUCUAAGACAGGGUCAGACACGAUACCCGUUCCUCGUCAUGCAAUUCAAGCGCGAUGAGGAAGUGAAUCUUGAUCUGAACAUGAAGGAAGAUCUACUCGAAUCCAAGUACAAGGACAAGCUUCAAUCACAUUACGAGGCACCUAUAGCCGUCGUAGUGGCAGACAUUUUUCGCGGCUUGAGCGGAAAGCGUGUCACUCGUCCUUCUCGUGACUUCAUCAGCCACCACGAGCAGUCGGGUGUCAAAUGCUCGAUCAAGGCCAACGAAGGACAUCUUUUCUGUCUCGACAAGGCUUUCAUGUUCAUUCCCAAGCCGGCUACCUACAUCAGCAUGGACAACAUUGCUUCUGUUACCAUGUCGCGUGUUGGUGGCGCCAUGGCAGCUAGUCGUACGUUUGACAUCACUUUCACCAUGAAAGGAGGCAUGGCAGAGCAUCAGUUCUCCAACAUUAAUCGCGAGGAGCAACAACCACUCGAGAACUUCUUUCGUGCCAAAGGGAUCAAGACUAAGAACGAGAUGGCAGAUGAUUCGGGCGCAAUACUGGCAGCCGCCCUCCAAGAUGAGGACCUCGCCUCGAGCGACGAUGGAGCGCCAGCGAAUCGCGGUAGCGCAGACGAAGACGAUGAGAGCGUUGACGAGGACUUCCAGGCCGACUCCGAGUCAGAAGUCGGCGAGGAAUUCGAUUCGGAUCACCAAAGCAGUGGCUCAGACAGCGACGCUGAGAUGGGAGAGGGUGGCGCGGAUAGUGAUGCUGCUGAGGCCGCAGUGCCAGAACGCCCCAAGAAGAAGCCAAAACUGUCAUAA